AUGUCGAACGAAAUGGAAGUCGACCCGCCCGUCGCUCAGGACGACGCACCGCAAGGCGACGGCUUCGAGCCCAGAACUCAGACCAACUCUGUCGCCGUGCGCAGUAUCGAGGGAUGGAUUGUGAUAGUGUCCAACAUCCACGAGGAAGCUUCAGAGGAGGACGUCACAGAACUGUUUGCCGAUUACGGCGAGAUCAAGAACUUCAACUUGAACCUGGACCGACGGACAGGUUAUGUCAAGGGAUACGCCUUGAUUGAAUACUCGACUCUUCCCGAGGCCAGUGAGGCCAUCAAGAACCUCAACGGAACGAAGCUGCUCGACCAGACAAUCUCAGUUGACUAUGCAUUCGUUCGCCCACCUCCGUCCGGCAAGGGCAAGGCCGGAGCUAAGAAUGGCCGUGGCGGCGCCGGCCGGGGUCGCAGCCGCAGCCCGGAUCGCAGUCGCAGCCCCGAGGGUGAUCGCAACUAA